AUAUUUGUUUCCAAAAAUUGCUCCGUUUAAUCCACCGCCGCCCAACUCGGCGGCCGGCGGCUCUCUAACCCACCCGAUCCAUAUCCAACCCGGAGUUUUUCACCGACCCGACCCUCUGCUGAAAAAAGAUCCGAAGCUAAUUUACAAGGAUUCAGAGGCCGAGAGAGAUGUAUAAGAACCAGCUUCAGGAGCUGGCGCAGAGGAGCUGCUUCAACAUGCCGACGUACACGUGCCUGAGGGAGGGUCCCGACCACGCGCCGCGGUUCAAGGCCACCGUCACCUUCAACGGCGAGACCUUCGAGAGCCCUCACUACUACCCCAACCUCCGGCAAGCCGAGCACUCCGCCGCCGAGGCCGCCCUAGCUUCCCUCUCCUCCCGCGGCCACUCUCACUCGCUCGCCGCCCGUGUACUGGAUGAGACAGGGGUUUAUAAGAACCUGUUGCAAGAGAUUUCACAACGAGUUGGAUCCCCUUUGCCUCAUUACACGACAUUCAGGUCCGGUUUAAGACAUUUACCGGUUUUCACCGGUAGUGUUGAAUUGGCCGGAAUCACAUUUAGAGGAGAACCCGCUAAGAACAAGAAGCAAGCCAAGAAGAAUGCUGCGCUUGCUGCUUGGUUAGCAUUGAAAAAAUUGGCACGUCAAGAAGAAGCGAGUUCCUCUGCAGAACACGAAAAUAACAACAACGACGAGCAGGAACAGAUCAAAAUCGCAAGGGCCUUGAAGAAUUACCGUCUCAAGUUAAAAAAACCCGAAAAAAACCCAAACAACAAUCUAAAAUCUCUCCCUCUACCAUUUCACACACAAAGCAGCAUUAUCCUCCCUCAGUCGACCUCAACAUCGAAAAUCCUUCCACUCUUCUCCCGUAAAACACACGACAAUUUAUCAUCACGACAAAUACUCUUACCGGAAUUUCAGGUUCCUUAUGUCCCGAUCGAUCAACGGCGGCAAAAAACUUACCGGGGAAUAGCACCACCGGUGGCCGUGCGUUCGGCUGUGCCGGUUUUCUCCGCGGCGCCACCUGUGCAUGCUGCCAGGCUGGCGGGGCCCGUAUUUGCAUGUGGGCCCGGCCCGUUAGGAGUUGCAGCGGCCCGUGAGGAGAUUGUCGCCUCCGGGAGUUAUGUCAUGUGUGAUGUGGACGAGUCAACGGCCCUCAAAUGCCUCGAGCAGCUUGAGAUAUGAUGAUUGUGGCCGACAAAAAGGCACGAGCUUUUUUUCUUCUUUUUGUUGGUUUUCUUGAUUUACAUGUAAUAUUGUGUUUGUUCGAUUGCAAAUCUCUAUCGUUUUGCAAGAAAUUGCUUCAAGAAUUACUAUAACUUACUCCUGAGGUUUGGACUACUUGACAGAAAAUCAAGUUACAGAUUCUCAAUUCACUUGCUUGGAUACAAAUAUAUCCGCU